GCUGGCCAAUAGCAGAGCAGCGGGACUACAUAAGAGCAGAGUGCUCCUCAGGAGCCUGAGCUCUCAGAUCCAAACCAACCAGACAGAAGGGACAGGAUGAAGACCGCUCUGGGACAUCUGUCUCUCUGCCUCCUGGUGCUCUCGGCCUCGGGUUUUCCUUUUGAGAGGAAAGGAAGUACUCCGCCUGGAGCCAAGGAGAAGCGCGUGCAGUAUGCAGCUCGGGAUGACGUUAACAUCAUCGCGCAUGGCCUGCUGCAGCUGGGUCAGAAUCUGAAAGAGCAUGUGGACAAGACCAAAGUCCAGAUGAGGGACAUUUUCAACAAACUGAAAGCAUUUAAUCGCUCCAUGUCCGACAUGGGAAAGGACAGCCUGAGGCUGCAGGCGCGGGCUUUGGAGAUGGAGGACCGAGAGGGCCAGCUGCUCAACGUCACGGUGGAGCUGAGGGACAAGGCGGAGGAGGUGCAGCAGGAGAGGAGGACCAUGAGUGAGAGAAUGAGCCGGAUAGAGGAGAAGGUGGACAGCAUGCUGCAGGGAGACAAAGGACCCGACAUCCAGCUGGUGCUGGAGGCGCAGAGCAGACGCAUGGAGGAGCUGGCGGAGCGCGUGCGGCUCCAGCAGGACAAGCUGGACAAGCAGAGCACGCGCCUCAGGACGCUGCAGGGCCAGAUCCAGCGCUCCAGACCGAGGCCCGAGGCGCAUGCGCAGAACUCCGCCGAGGAGCAGCGAGACUCUCCAGUAGAAAUGGCAGCAGACUGCCACCAGCUGUUCCUCAGAGGAGAGACCACCAGCGGGGUCUACACCAUCCAGCCACUCCACUCAGAGCACUUCAAUGUCUUCUGUGAGAUGACAGCUGAUGGAGGAUGGACAGUCAUCCAAAGGCGCCAGGAUGGCUCAGUGGACUUUGACCAGCCGUGGGAGGCUUACGAGAACGGCUUUGGCAGCCUGAAUGGAGAAUUCUGGUUGGGUCUGGACCACAUCCACACCAUCGCUAAAAACGGCAGCUACGUCCUGGAGAUCAAGUUCUCUGACUGGGGGGACGACUCCGCCUCUGUCCGCUUCCCUUUCAAACUGGGUGGGAAGGAAAGCAACUAUUCUCUCCGGAUCCCGGACUCCGGCACCUUCAGCACCCUGGAGAGCUCUUUGGGAACGGAUGCUGUACUCGGCUUGCCGUUUUCCACCAGCGAUCACGACAACGAUCACAAAGUGGACAUGAACUGUGCCAAGCACCUUUCAGGCGGCUGGUGGUUCACGAACUGCGGCCGCUCCAACUUAAAUGGCCGAUACUUCCAGAGUCCUCCUCCAAAGCAGAGGCACCAGAGGAAACAAGGGAUCUUCUGGAAGACCUGGAGGGGGCGGUACUACCCCCUGAAGUCCAGCACGAUGAUGAUUGCUCCAGCUGACAUCCACAAGUUGUAAACAGCAAAGAGUCGGUUCUUUUCUUGGUGCUGGUUCAUGAGGACUAGGUCCCUGGUUCCACAGCAGCAUCACACCAGGAGGCCCCAAAGCCACAGAAGGAAAUCCAGACAGUUGGUGCAGCAGAUUUCAUUUUCUGUUGCUCUGCUGAGAUUUCCUUCUGUUGGCAUCAGCGAGUCUGGACCUGCACGCUGCUGAGAGUCGGGAGGUAUUUUCCAACAAGCUCAGACUCCUGGCUGGGCCUGAUCAGGCUCGGGUCUGAGGUGUGAAGACACAAAGUUAGCCUGAACACAGCUGGUGCUAGCAGGAGUUAGCCAGCUAGCACCAACGGACCACUCCCGCCUGCGUUAAUAUCACUUUUCAGCAUCGGAGUAAGACUUUCCUGUGGAGAGUCGAUGGCAUCGAGUCAUAUUGACUUGUCUGAUUGAGGCAUUAAUGUAACUUUUUCUAACCGGACCUGUUUCAGACUUGGUGUAAAAACCAUUUCCCACAGACGUAGUUUAUUACAGAAGCUUUCUUAUUGAAGAGAAACAUAAAUAUAUAUUUGUGCUGCUUCCUGUUCAUUAUUUAUUUGGUUUUGUGUAAUAAACAGUCACGAGCAAAUAAACCUGAUUUAAACACC